GGGGCUGGUGAAGCAGGAGGUGGAGGGGGAGACAGGAGACGUCGGUGCAGGUGUCCUUGGUCUUAUUUCCCCGCUGACAGCUCGGAGACAGGAGCCGCAAGGAGCCUAAGAAGGAAUGAAAGCUGAUGAAAUAAUAAACGUCUGAUCUGCCGGGAAAAUCCGGGGGAAAGAGCAGCGGAGGGAGGAAGGAUGCGCUCGUCUGGAUGAGAGACCCCCGCUGGGUGAAGACGCGCAGCGGAGGCUACGUGUUAGCUGAGCCGUGAAGAAAAAAAAAAAAAGCUCCGAGGAUGAGGUGGAGGAAAAUGAUCACAUCACCAGUGAUCACCGUUUCACACGCAUCCUGCUCGGAUUAGAAAUCUGCAUCUGUCUGGACAUCCCGAGCUCGGUGCUGAUCGGCUGCCUCCACCUUCCAGGUUUCCUCCGGCAGAUGUGGGCUGCAUCAGGGACAAAGGCCUGCUCGGGAUACAUCGCGAUGAGCAGCAUUGAUCGUCUCCAGCAUUACAGGCGACUCCUGGACGAGUCUGCUGCACCGUUUCCACACGUUAUGGACGCCUGUGCCAUGUCAGGUGAGAUGCAGCCGAUGUGAGAGGAGCAGUGUUAGUGCAAACACAACCUGAGCUGCUCUUCUGCUCCAUCACGAUGGGACUAACCUGAAGCUGCUGGAUGUCACUCCCUGGCACUGCUGCAAGUAUGGGCACAAAUAUCACCGACGUUCCCUGGGAGCCUGCUGUCGCCCCUGAUUCCGCCCAGUACCCGGUGUGGUCCACCACGGCCGGCUGCGUGGUGAAGAUGGUGCUCAUAUCAUUCAUUGUGUGUGUGUCCUUGUUCGGGAACGUGGUGGUCCUGCUGGUGUUCCAGAGGAAGCCUCAGCUCCUUCACGUGGCCAACCGCUUCGUCCUCAACCUCCUGUUGGCCGACCUGCUCCAGACUAUAUUGGUCAUGCCCUUCGCCAUGGCGGCCACCGUGCCGGGUGUGUGGCCCCUGGAUGUGCGACUGUGCCAGGCCCUGGUGGUGCUCAUGCACCUUUUCGCAUUCGCCGGGGUCAACACCAUCAUAGUGGUCUCUGUGGAUCGCUACCUGGCCAUCAUCCACCCUCUGUCCUACCCCACCCGCAUGACCCCUCACCUGGGCACCAACCUGAUCAUCUGCACCUGGGUGCUCAGCUUCCUGCAGAGCACUCCGCCUCUGUACGGCUGGGGGGCCAUUGACUUUGACCGACACCACAACAUGUGCUCGGUGGUGUGGUCCUCCAGCCUGACCUACUCUGCCGUGGUGUCCACCUUUUCUUUCUGGCUGCCCGUGCUCAUCAUGCUGGGAUGUUACUGGAUGGUGUUCAGGGCAGCUCGGAGGCAGAACGCUCUCGUGCACCCCAUACAAAAGCAAUCCUACACCCAGCCAGCGCCGCAGGACAUCCAGGGCCCCGGCAGUCCACAGCGGCAGCCCCAAGCCCAGCCGGCAAGUUCACCUGAAGGCCCCUACUCAGCCAGAGGAUGCCCUGUUCGGGUCAGGCACAGACGCUUCCACUACCACUGCAAGGCCGCUCGGGUAGUGUUUGUGAUUAUGGCCUCAUACAUCCUCAGCAUGGGGCCUUACAGCAUACUGAAUACAAUAUCUAUGAGCACCAGAGCGCCUGUACCACCCUGGCUGUCCUCUGUCGCGCUCGUGCUCUUUUUCUUACAGUGCUGCCUGCACCCUUACAUUUACGGUUACAUGCACCGCAGUGUGAGGAAGGAAUUCCUGGCCCUGCUCUGCGGACCGUUCUGCAAGCAGGGCCGUCCCAGCCAGAGCUCGGCUGUGGAGAGCUGCUUCACCACCACAGAGGGACGCUCGGGCGCCCACCCUCACCUGCCCAGCCUGGCCGCUCGAGUCCUCCCUCUGCGGACUUGGGAAGAAUGCACAACCUCCUCCACCCCCACUUUUGAGAGGAAGUCGAGGGACAGCCGCAAAGACACGGCUUCCACCAGCAUCAGCUCAGAGAGGGAGCUCACGGUCCACAGCAAACAAAGCACAUGAACGGCCUUGAGAAUUUGGAGCAAUGUCCUCAUACAACAGGGUUAUUCAUUAAGAAGUUACUGGCAUUAGGAACAACAACUUGACAAUGUUUUUUCAAAUGUUCAGAAACACGUUUUAUGUUUUGUCUCAUUAGUUUAAAUGUGUGCAGUUAUUAUACAACAGCUAUACAGUAAAACCAGAAACAACAUUUAAUUUGUAUUUUAAAGUCUUUAACCUACAAGUCACUAAUUAAUACCACUAGGGUUUUUGACCUGCUGUGAUAUAGAAAAAAUAUUACAUUGGAUUAAAGUGCUGUGUGAUCUGAUCACUUUGCUUUGAUUAGGGUUAAUAGACGUCACUGAUAACGUAUUGAUCUGCAGUAUCUACGCAGCUACUCGGUCUCCUUUAAACCUUUUGUGUGCGUGUUGUGUAUUCGGAGUAAGAGGACGUACUGUGUACCUUGUGUUUGGGCGAGCGAGCGUCGCCUGCCACUAAUGAACUCAGGAUCUGUUUUUGGAGAAACUUCAUCGUGCCCUUCUCUGUUCUUGAGCAAGUGGAACAUGUGUGUGUUUACGUCCUUGUGUCUGUAACUCUUCUUAGUCUCAAAGCGCCUUUUGAGGAAAUGAGUAGAUCAGUGAUGCAUUGUGCCUGUUCAAACACACAAGGGUUGGUGGAUUACUUUCCUUGAUGGGAUGGACAAACAAACCAGUUUGACUUAACCUCUGUGUUUCCUUUAAUUCUAGUUCAAAUGAGGUGGGAAUUUUUAAUAUUGGUCCGGAAUUUUCUGCCUUUGUGAUGUCGGCCUUUCUUUGAGGAAGUACAGUGUUAUUGUUGAAUCAGUGCAGUGCAUAGAGAACAGGGUAUAGACUCCAGUGGACUCAGUGGACCAGUUAUUUAACGUAGGCCGCAUUGUAUAUAUAUAUAUAUAAACCAGUGGCGUAUAUAUAAGAGUUUUCUUAUGUUCCUCUGAACACAUGUAUAUUUGUAAAGAUCCCUCCUGAUAGAACCUGCCCUCUCACAGCCAGAGAGGAUGAAUACCUGCCAUGACUCAUCUCAUAGAAAGAGCGAAUCACUGAGCUGAUUGUAGAUGAUGUGUCGCCAAAGGAUUUCACAGUUGCAUGACCACAUUAUGUGCAUUAUUUGAAAAGCGUGUCCGGUUCUGUGGUCAAGUUUUUAUAACUUUUAAAUGAAUGUUUUAUUAUUAUGAUCAUGAUUGAUAUAUCGUGUUUGACUGGACGGCCAUAGAUUUGAGCCUGGAGUCAUUCAACAGUAUUAUAGCUGACAAUCAAGCUUGUACAGUAGGUCUGACACGUUUCUCUGUGCGAGACAAAGAGUUACACUACAGUGUGUGAAACAGUUUAUCAUCAAAUAAAGAGAGUAGUGAUGUUUUUAAAGUGCUUUAAAACGACAUAUUUUUGUGAUUUCUAUCGUGUCUUUGCAUUAUUUCUGGUUUCAUCGAUCAAGAUCACAAGUUGUCUGUUGUUUAAUAAAAGUGAAUUAUAUGUA